AUGCUGCGCGCCGCCGUGCGCCUCAACGUCUCGACGGGCUUGGUCGCGUCCGCCGCCGCCGCGGGCCAGUACACGACGCGCUGCGACGUCGUCGAGAAGCCGCAGCGAAGGGUGACGCCCGUCCGAGAGUUGGAGAGAGAUGUGAUUGUUUUAGAAAGACAAGUCGCCGGCGAACCCUUGAAACGCAUCAACCUGGAGGAGAUGAUCGAGGACCUCGCGGACCCUUCGCGCAAGCUCGUCAUGUUCGGCGAGCACCACGACGAUGCGAAAGCUCAAGAUGUGGAACGGUCCGUCUACGAUGGUAUGGCGCGGCGCCAGCGCGACUCCCGUAGAAGAGUAGCAUUAGCUCUAGAGUUCGUCGACGCGGACGCGCGGCGCGACGCCGAGUCCUUCGCGUCCGGUCGGUCGAACGACGUGGCAAAGUUAUUUUGAGGCGAGGGUGAUACGAAGCGCUACGGGCCGCUGGCGUUUUUGGCCCGGGCCCUGGGCGGCCCGAUCGUCGCGGCGAACGCGCCGAGAAGGCACGCGCGCUUAGUGGCGAAACAAGGUGUGAGUGCUCUAGACACCAUUUCUGGUGAUGACGUCGCAAAACUACCACCGCUCCCCUACCACCACACGCCGCUCUCCGAGGCCUACGCGGAGCGCCUACAGAUGGUCGGCCUCCGGUCGAAGAAUGUGGUGGCGGCCCAGUGCCUGUGGGACGCGGCGAUGGCGCACUCGUGCCUCGACUUCCUCAAGACGAACACGCGCGACGCGAUCAUGUUGGUCUGUGGCGCCUUCCACGUGCAACACUUCCUAGGCGUCGUCGACCACGUCGAGAAGUAUACCGAGUCGGGCGGGCCCUUCGAGCCCUUAGAUAGAGACGAGUUUCGGGUCGUGGUCUGCGUGCCGAUGGACGGGCCGUCGUUUUUAAGGAGGUCGCUCGUGGACGUCUGGGACGACCCGUCUUUGGAUACGGUCGCGGACUUCAUCGUGUUUACCAGAGGCGGCCACGGUGGCGUGACGGGCGUCUGCGCCGCUUAG